CUCUUUCACUGUCUCUCCCUCUGUUUCUCUCUCUCUCUUUUUCUGCUUUCUCGUACCAUUCCUUCCCUUUCUUUGUCUGCUGGAGGAGAAGGCAGGAGAGAAGGGUGCAAAUGUGAGCAAACGAGAGAGCGUGCUUAGAGAGAGAGAGGGAGGUAAGAAAGGACAAGACAGAAUGGACUAGGCACACUCGCCUUUUUGACAAUAGAAGCUCACUUCCUGUCUGUCACUGCCAUUUCGUGAAAAAGCUUGAACUGAAAGCGAAGGAAAGUAUAGUGAUCUCUGUUGAGAUCUGCAGUGGAGGGUUUCUCAGACUCAUCAGCGUGGCUGAAUGUACCACAUAGCAGAGCAGUAUUCUGGACGUAACUCGUGGGACUCCUUCCCCUCUUCUGGGCCGAAUCGAGCACCAUGGGCCCCAGGCAACAACCGGCACUGGGCCCCUCCAUCCAGCGGAGGGAACUAUCAAUCCCCAUCACAAAACUACAUGGCAGGAAGAAGCUACCCAAACAAAGCUUAUAACAACAGACCUCCAGGUUUCAGCAGGGACAGACUCCAUGCUCACCCCAGAGACCGAGGCAAUGGAAAGGAGCAGAGGGUUCCUAGGAGCUGUGGACCAACCCAGAACCAGCACCACAACCCAGAACGCUCUACCCUAAACUACAGCUCAGGGUAUGAAGGACACCUCUCUAGCAGUAACAAUCAUGGCAACCAGCCACACAGGUAUGGGGGUCCGCACCAGCAGCAGCGUUCCACUGGGCGCCCCCCACAGACCCAGGGAGAGAAGUGGACACAUUCAGCUCAAUCCAGGUCUUUCCAAGGGCCCUCUCUCAAACGUCCAGUACCUCCUCACAAUCUCUCACAACCCCUCCGUGAACCGUCCCCUUCACGAGAUGACUGUCCUAGCAAGAGGAGUAGGAGCAUCAACUCACACCAGAAUUUCCACCCUAGAGACAAAUAUUUCAUCAACCGUCCACCUCCAUCUCAUCCACCUCGUCCCUGGAGCCCAGCAUACAAAAGCUCAAUGUCCUGGAGCCUGUCUGAGAAGAGGUCCUCCCCCUCCCGCUUUCAGGAGUCCAGUCAUUCAGUCACAAGAGAUCACACCUAUAGACCAUAUUCCCACUCAUCACCACCCAGCAGUGUCCCAAACCAGGGCCUCCACAACAGGAAACUCACCAAACAAGGGCCCGCCCAUCAUCCGGUCCAUGAUCAUCCAGACUCCCCUCCCCGCGGGGCAAAAGGGGGCUGGGAUUGCCCAUCACCAGCAAACCUCACUGUGCCUUACAGUCAGCAGCACCAGCUCCCUCCACCACAGAGGCACACCGGCCCCUCCAGCAGCCCAGCCACCUCAGUACCUCAACCCAGAUCCAACACAGCACAGCAUGGCUGGAAAACGCAGAACCGCUCUGGAAAACACAGUAACAGCGAGAUGGGCCGUACAACCUAUGAACUGGACUCCCAUCAGUCUGUGGGUGGGGACAGAAAACGAUCAAGCGGAUCCAAACACAUUAGCCGUCAACGAAGUCCUAUCCAACCAUACAACAGUGCUGAGGGUAGAGUCAGAGAUUGUACUGAAUGGAGGAACCCAGAGACUGGGUUAAAGAAACAUGACCAGAAAGACUCAGACUCUCCUUCUGAGCCUACCACUCAAACCUCAGAAAGAGGUCAGAGGGCACAGAGGUCAGAAAUGAAGAAAAGCAGGCACUCUAAACACCAGAAUAAAUUAAAAUCCACCCACAAGAGUGCCCUCAGCAAGCUGGACUCUGAACUCUUGAAACACAUUCAGGCCAAGAAGAGGCACAAGGAGCGUUUGAGGAGGAAGCAGAAAAAGGAGGAAGGAGAACUGACAGAAGACACAAAGGAACGGAUAGAGAAAAAAAUAGAAGAAAGGAAAAAGAAAAAGACGAGGGAAGGAAGAAAAGGCCAUGAUAAGAAAACCAUACAUAAAAGUGGGAGAAAGUUAGGGCAGGUUAAAAAAAGAGCAAAAGAGGAAAGAAAACAAGGAGACAGAAAAAGUGAGACAUCCAUUUCAAAAACAGCAUCUCCUAAUUUGGGAACUUUGUAUCCCAGUGAUUCUGAUCCUCUCUUGGAUGACCUGCUGGCUGAUCCACUUCAUCUCAGUUACAUAGAGGAAGAGAACGAGUUCUCUCAACAUACCUCAGGGUUCAUCCUACCUUGUAAAUCUCCUGUCAACAAUAACCAUUGUUCUCCAUGCCAAUCAACCCUUGAAAUCAAUACUAAAGUCUUGGAGGUUGAUGAAAAGUCAGAUUCUGAGCCUGACCAUGUAGACACUAGCGAUGAUGACAGUGUAGGAACCCAUGAUGUUAGUGGAUCCAAUCCCUCUCUUCUUAAUACACAUGUCUCUGAAGAAGAACCCAUCAGAUGCAAGGAGGUUGUCCCAGGGUUGCAUACUGCUCCAGACCUCCUACCGGCUCACUGCACCUAUAGCGAGGAACUCCUAAGGUUGGACCCACCUACAAGCCCACCUGUUUUAAGCUGGCAGGGUUCUCCUGUUUUAGACUUGGGUGAUGAUGAUGAGGAUGUGAAAGAAGAAGAUAUGAUUGGAGUGUUGAGAAGGCCAGUGCUUCAACCUAGUCCCACACACUCAUCUCCACUUAGAGAAGCAAUUGAAAUCAGCACUGGGGUUGAUUAUUGCCACAGUGACCUGGCCAAGUUGUAUGGACUUCCUGAGUCCUCUAAAGCAAUGGACACUGAGGAGGAGGAUGAAGAAAAGACAGAUGGGGAGCAAAAAGAUGGUAGUCCUGAUGCAUCAGGAAGUUCUGAGACCAACAAACCACAUUUGCACCAAAUGGACACAUUCAAAUCUCCAUCCUCAGCAAUGGCCAGCCAUAGAUAUACUUAUAGGGGUGGGCCAUUUGGUCGGCCACCCCCUAGUGCUUUAGUUGGGGUCAAAUACUCCUCAUCUCUGUCCUUGGGUCCUGAGAUCCACCCACCAGACCAGCAGAGUCCACCUGCCUCAUCCCCAACCACAGAGAUUCCAGAUCAGGUUAUACAUUCGCUGAUCCAGCCCACAGACAAGGACAAAGAAAGUGAAACAGAAGAAGAAAUAAUGAAAACUGGGGCAAAAGAGGACAAAAUAGAAGUAAAAGGAGAGGAAACUAAGGUACAGAAGAUGGAUGAACAAAUGGAGGUAAAAUUAGCCGAACCAACUAAAGACCCAGCCAGCACAUCACUGGAAGAGAAAGAAUCUGUGAUGUCUCCAGCCACUGUUCAAGCUAAACUUGUACACAGCUGUGAACUACUGCUCAAUCAAAACUCCAGCCCAGUGUCAAAGGUCAUGAAAGUCAGUGGAUCCAAGUCUGAUCAGAGAGAAAAUGAAGGAGACAGACAGAAAGAUCAGUUGAAGACUCCAAGAAAAGCGAUUAGGACCAUGAAAGAAGAAGAACCUGAAACUUGUGUUGGUAGAAGCAUUAAAGCAAAACAUCAUAAAAAAGGUGACAGAGGAGAGAAUAAAAAGGACAUAAUGAAAGAUAAGGCUGAGACAAAUUCUUCUUCUUUGUCUUCUGAAGAUGCACAGAAGCAAUUGGUGGAAAUCAGGACCAAACAAGUUGUCCCAGAAAACCAACAAAUUGAAAUCAAAGUUGGAAAAACCGAAUCUCAUAAAAUUAAGAGAGAAAAAGAGACAGAUGUUAAAAAAGAUGCCAUAAAAGAAGACGCUAUUAAGGCUGAUUCAUCCGCUACAGGAUGUACAUCUUGCACAACUAACCUGCAAUCCUCUAGUACUAUGACUCUCUUCACCAGACCACCAAUGCUGGAGCGGGUAAAUCUCCGAAAUCAACACGAGCUCUCUAAAAUUCCCUUAAAAGAACUAAAGAUCUGUUUGGUCAAGAUUGAGAGCAGAGGUCGGCAGACUUUCAGAGCCUCAGAGAUUGAGGAGAAAAGCAUUCCACUUGAUGCCAUCAACAUCAGAAACAAUGCAGCCGAGGUCAUACGAGCUUGCAAAGGGGCAGACAUCAAGAACAAGUUUCGUGAAUCAUACCUGCUCCCGUCGCUUUCAGUGAAACCUGACCUGUCAUGCAGGACCCCAAUUCCCAGAGAUAAACUGAACCCUCCUACACCAAGCAUUUAUCUGGAGAGUAAAAGGGAUGCUUUCUCUCCCGUGCUCCUGCAGUUCUGCACGGACUCUAAAAAUGCAGUUACUGUAAUCAGAGGACUGGCUGGAUCCCUCCGUCUCAAUCUGGGUUUGUUCUCCACAAAAUCUCUGGUGGAAGCCAACUCUGAGCAUGCAGUGGAGGUGAGGACCCAGGUGCAGCAGCCUGCAGAUGAGAACUGGAACCAUUCAGGAUCCGCCCAGACUUGGCCCUGCGAAAGUAGCAGAUCUCACACCACCAUUGCUAAAUACGCACAGUAUCAAGCAUCCAGUUUCCAGGAGAGCCUACAAGAAGAGAAAGACAGUGAAGAUGAAGAUGAGGAAGACAAAUCAAAGGAAAAAAAUGAGGCAAAAUCCAACUCACAAAACAACAUUGGGACAACUUCAACCACAACCAGCUCAAAGCAGAAAGCUGUUGGGAAAAUUAUUAAAUUUGGAACCAACAUUGACUUAUCUGACCCAAAACGGUGGAAGGCGCAGUUGCAGGAGCUGUUGAAGUUGCCUGCGUUCAUGCGUGUGUCCUCCACCGCAAACAUGCUGAGUCAUGUUGGCCACACUAUACUGGGCAUGAACACUGUUCAGCUUUAUAUGAAGGUCCCUGGCAGCCGCACACCAGGACAUCAGGAAAAUAAUAACUUCUGUUCAGUGAAUAUCAAUAUUGGCCCUGGUGACUGUGAAUGGUUUGCUGUCCAUGAACACUACUGGAAAGCCAUCAGUGACUUCUGUGAAAAGCAUGGCGUGGACUAUCUGACAGGGUCAUGGUGGCCGGUUCUGGAGGACCUUUACCGUUCCAACAUCCCUGUGUACCGCUUCAUUCAGAGGCCAGGUGACCUGGUGUGGAUCAACGCUGGCACUGUGCACUGGGUCCAGGCUGUGGGCUGGUGCAACAACAUCGCCUGGAAUGUGGGCCCUUUAAAUGCCUAUCAAUACCAGCUAGCUCUUGAGCGCUUUGAAUGGAACGAGGUCAAGAAGGUCAAAUCAAUCGUCCCUAUGAUUCACGUGUCCUGGAACGUUGCCCGCACAAUCAAAAUCACAGACCCAAACACAUUCAAGAUGAUCAAACAUUGUCUCAUGCAGUCCAUCAAACACAUUCAGAUCUUGAGGGACCAGCUGGUGUCUGCAGGGAAGAAGAUCUCCUAUCAGAGUAGGGUGAAGGAUGAACCGGCGUAUUACUGCAAUGAGUGUGAUUUGGAGGUGUUUGACCUGCUGUUUGUGACUAGUGAGAACAGCAGUAGGAAAACAUAUGUGGUUCACUGUGAGGACUGCGCUCGGGAACGAAGCCCCGGUCUGAACGGGGUGGUGGUGCUGGAGCAGUACCGCAUCGAUGAGCUGAUGAACAUGUAUGAUAACUUUACCCUGUCUGCAGUUCCAUGCUGUAGGUGAGCUUGAUGUCUGAAAUUACACAGCCAUAACCAAAUCUCCCACCCUCCUGCCCCAAAGCAGCGGCACAAACCUUCUGUUCUCCUUUAUUUUAUUUUCAUUUCCUACCAAAACCACUACUGCAGACUUACGGAACAGCAGAUCAAACCGCUGUUUACUUCACAUUGUUUACAAUCCUAUCAGCAGAUGUCGUCUUCCCUCAGCCAGAAACUGACGGGACAUCUGAGUCUAGAAAGACUAGAGUGGUGCUACAUCAUUGGACUCGAACAAUAAUCUUGUAACUUGGCUAUCAGGUCACUCAUCCACAACGGAUAACUGCUGUGAUUUUCCUUUUUAAAAUGAAAAAAAUGGAGAAAAAAAAAACAAUUGUCAACUUGCCGAACACGUGCAUUAAUUCAGGUACUGAUGUAGUUUACUUUUUUAUGCAAACGGAAGACGAUUUCACCAGUCCAGUUAUACUCUAUGUCUCUGGUUUAUCUGAGUGGUGCUUUGAUACAACGUAUAUAAAAACAGCAGGGGAUUCAUUUCUCUUGGCGCUGAUGACCAUUGCAGUGGCAUUACAUUUAUUCUUAGUUUGUUUCGUUUUGUUUUAGGUUUGUUUAGUUGUUUUUCCCAUUUCAGGCGUGUCAUAUUUACUACAAGUCUGAUCUUUGUAAAUGGUAUUUGCAUAUUUGACCGGGUGCUAUUUUUUUAAUUUCUCGAAGGUUUUCAGAAAGAAAAAAAACAAUAAAAAAAGCUUUUUUAACAACAGUCUAGACUAACACCGUUUGGGCCUUGUGAUACGCAUUUAGACAAAAGAUGAUUUCAUGGUAUUUGAUUAAGUCAGUAAUGACUUUCUUAGAGCAUUAAAGUUUCACGUGAGGUACAGUAUAUGUAACAAUGAUUCCAAACGAUACGGGUUUAAUCGAAACUUAUUUGAUUGCAUUUGUCUGGAAAACCUUGUGUGUGUUGUGAAACUUUUUUGUAUAACUCAAACAAAAAAAAGCAUUCCUGCGAACUUGUGGUUUUUGAUGCAUUUCUUAAUCCGAGUGGCCCGUUCACACCAGGAUUGAUAACAACAUUCUAACAAUAUUAGCUGCCGAGUUGGUGCAACCUUUGAAAACGUGUUUCAGAGUAUUUAAAAACUAUACUGUCUCUGUGUUAACUACAAAAAUGUGAUUUCAUAGAAAUGGUGCCAUCUUGCACAUGUGUAUUAUGUGUCUAAUCUAUAAGCACACGGGAGAAACAGCUUUGAAUCCACUUGACCAACUGCCUUGCAAAACAUUUCACUGUUACAAAGUGUUUGCAACAUCACAAUCAAAACUGUGUGAAUGCAACAAAAACCCAGGCUAAACAUCCGUUUUAAACAGCUUUUACAAAUAAAGAUCAAAUGUUUUGCUGAAGGUAUAAUCUAUCAAAUGUAAUAGCUAAUCAAAUAUAUUUAAAUAUUAAGUGUCUGCAUAAUAUUGCCGUUGCUCGUUUCUCUUGUUCCAUUGUGGGCUCCGCUAGGCUAAUAAGAGACUUUUAACAACUAAAAUUUCUUUCAAUUAUACAAACAUUAAAAUCAGAAAAAAAAAUGAACGCUUGUUCAGUGAUUCACCACUAGAGGGAGAUCUUUGUUAACCAAAUCAUGCGGAUUUGUCCCCAUUGGAGAAACUUUAAACUGACACAUUUUUAAAAAAUAUUAUGAUGAAACCUCAUUCGAUAUGUGCUCUGAGGCACUGAUUUAAACAAUAGAUUUGUAAAGGUUUAAAGCUUCAUGAAGACGUGUAGUGUUUCAAGAUAGCAAAAUGGCAUCUACUAAUCUGCGUGUGUAAUACAGCAUUUCGAGUCAUUUUUGUAGAUCUGUGUGAAUGAGUAGACAAUGUUGCUGGAUGUACACAACUUUCCAAUAAAGGAAACUAAGCAAUAUUUGUAAAACACUUUUCGCCACAAUGUCGGACAAAGUCUAAAAACAGCAGUAAGGGACGUGUCUAGUAACUGUUCUGUAUAUCGAAAAGGGGUGUGUCUAGUAAAUUUUUUAACUAUCUUGAUGGAGCAUGUCUAUUAGCUGUUUUAGCUAUCAUAAAGGGGCGUGUCUAUUAUCUGUUUUAACUAUCAAAAAGGGGCGAGGCAAAAAAAUGUAACUACACAUUGUCAAGACACAAUGUGAUUGGUUGGCUUGGUAGCGGUGAUAAGUGUGGAUGGUGAUAAGUGCAGUGAGCCCGAUUAAGCAAGUGUUAAGUCCUAUAAAGAGGCUCCAGUUAGAAACUUUUGUUUUGUUUACCUUGUGAUUAAAGUUGUUGUAUGUCCGCCGGUUCCCGCCUCUAAAUGAGCAAGUUUUAGCUACUUGUACAUUAGGGUAGCAUUCAGAAAAAACUAAUUACCCAUGAACAAACUUGACACAGAGGAAAAUAAAAAUUUCGCUGUCAGCUAGCGUUUCGGAGGUUUUAUUGCAGAGCAACACAAACAGCACAUAGAAAGAAAAAUGCACCACUACGCGCAGGACAUGCACCAUGGGUCAUGGUGAUCACUCGACGCAAAAGUAUAAAUCAGCCUUUACAGGCAUGUUUGUUUUGGGAAAAUUCGCUUAGUGUAACUAAGUCAGUCUAACGUGAACAUUUUAAUACAUCACUGUGGUGUAAACGUACCCUUAUUACUCUUUUUAAAGCAGGAUAGAUUCUGAUUUGUAUCAUUGGAUGUCAUUUUUUUAUUCUUCUGUUAACCAUAAAUGAUUUAUUGUGAAAUGUUGCAAACCGGUAGUCAUUGAUUUCCAUACUGUUUUUUUUUCCAAAGUAAAGUUUUCCAUUGUACCAUUCUUCAAAGUAUCUCCUUUUGUGAUCAAAAAGGUUUGGAAUAAAAUUUAAUUAUAUGGUGAACUAUCCCUUUAAACAAUAUUUGUAUCAUGAUUAUAGUAAAACUCUGUUCAUUAAUAUUCUUAAAAAGUAGCAUUAUCACCCUUGGUGUAAACGGGCCUUUUAUCCUAUUAUUUGAAUUACAAUAUCAUAACUGAAUACUUCUGUUUUGCGUAUUUUGUUCUUUAUUUAUUUACCUUUCUUUUCCUUUUGUAUUUAUUGAUUGUCCGUGAUGCUUCUCUUUUCCGAGACAUGCGUAUUUUGUAAAUCUUUCUGUUGUGCUGAUGUGGUGAGGCUUUUAGGGGGAACGUCUGAUUCAACAAUGGUGCUGAUCCCCCUCCCUCCCGGGUCUUUCUCUAUCUCUAUCUCUCUCUUUCUGUCUGUAUAAACUCUGUAGGUUUGAAAACAUGAAUUUAAUCUCACAAGUUGGUGCUUAGAACAGAGUCAGUACACUUUUAUGAACUGAAUGUCUUUGUACUGUAUAUUUAACACAUGAAAAAUUGUUUGCUUUACAUAUGAGGUACAGGAUAUUGUGACACAUGUACGAUUUCUGUCAUCCUAGCUGUUAUGAUUAUUACAGUCUUUCUGAUUUAUGAUCAUUAUUGACGAAUUUCAGAUUAUUGAGGAGAUGCGUUUCAGCGAUACCUCUCGGAGUGUGUUUUCAGGUUCAUUGCCAUUUUUUCUGUUUGUUUUACUGUAUUAAAAGAAAAGAAAAUUAAAAAAGAAAAAGAUUAAGGAACUGAGCCAGACUUGUCUAAAACAUUUUGUGAUUUUUGUGUGUUAUUCCUGAUAUAAUAAUAACUAUAAAAAAAGAAUAAAACCUUCUGAUAAAUUCA